AAAGUUCAUUACAUUGAGCUUCUCUUCCUGAAUAAGUUAAUAAAAUAUGUAAGCUAAUGGAAUUGUAUGAAAUGAUUCUUAAUUAAGGUAGCUGGACAAAACAAAAACAUAUCUUUUGUGCUUUAUGUAUAUUUUUAUAUCAAAUUCACAACCUCAUUUUUUAGACAAUCCAGCAGUUAAUUUUAUUGUUUCAUAUUAAUUCAAGACAAAUAAGAAGGCUCCAUUAGUUGUUUAACUUGAAUUCUACGAAUAGAAAAAUACAAGCAAAUUACCCAAACAAUUAAGUUUUUCCUACAACUUCGUAACCUGUUUUGGAAAAAGUACUGCACUACUGCUCAGCUGAAAGAGGAGGGUCUCUCUUCAGUCUUCAUAACUCUCACUGUUGAUUCUCUCUGCCAACAGCUCCCCCGCUUCCACACAUUCACAGUGAAAAAUCCUAUACAUCUGCUUCUCAUUUAAAAACCCUCCAGCCCCGCCCUGAUUGGACAAGGAGGAUGUUUUUAAGGAAAACAGACCCCCCUCCCGCCAUGCCUGAAAACAAACCCCUCCCACUUUGCUGGCUCAACGCCUUAGGAGUUGUUUUGUAAGAAAGUGUUAGGAGCAGAGGCUGCAGUGCAGUCAGGUUUUCGUUUGUUCUCAUUGCUCUGUAGUGUAAUUGAUGGCACCUUCAGGUCAUUCCUCUUUUGGGCACCAGGUGCUUCCAGUCUUGUCUAUUUGCUUCAGAGUUAAAGACGGCUCUCACUGGCACUUCCCAGUGUUGAGUGAUGGAGACCUGACGACUACAGUCUUCUACCACUAGUCUUGUGGUUUCAUAGGUUUCACCAUGUGGAUUAAGUCACCUUUUCGAUAUAUGUGUAAUUUUUUUUUUAAUAAUUGGUUUUAUCAUCAUCCAGAGGAUUUUUCUGUCUGAAACUAAAACAGUUUGGUCCUUUUGGACUAAUCUGUUGGACUGCUUGGAAAUUUAGAAGAGCAGGAUUCUGUGCAAACCUGGUGUGGAUUACUAUAAAAUUCCACAUGUUUUUUCCGUGUUGUUGGCAAUAAUUUAUAGACGUUAAAGAAAGAAAAAAAAGAGCUCCGACAGCCAAACAUGCAAAGAACCUUUGCUUUACUUAUCUACAUCAUUUUAGGAAGGAGCAGAUAUUCCCUGAUUCAUCAUACUGUUCUUCCAGAGGAACCACACUUUUUUAAACUUUUGAGAAGCAGUUUACUUUAAGAACAGGACCCCUAAACUGUUCCGAGUUUGUAAAUCAAUGCUGAUAUGCUGGGGUGCCUGCCUCUAUUAAAGGAGAAAACAGUGGCUUGAAUGAAAGAGGAAAGGGGUGGGUAGGUGUCUGCUUCAACUCUUAAGUGCUGUGUCACUGUUCUAGGCUGGGAGAGACUUUGCUGCUGAAUAAAACCCAUCACGUUCAGUCCGGCUCCAGCAUUGCAGCCUGGUUGCCUUUGUCCUUGGUACGCUGAUGUGCGUGGUGGGCACUGGGGAAUGGAUCAGCUCUCCACUCCCACAUUACUGGCAUAACUGGAGCAGUUCCAGAGCAGCACCUGACAGCUGGACCCCGACACAACAGUUUCCAGAAAGGAGCACCAGUCUUUUCUUUAACCUUGCGACCUGAUCCCUCCUCUUCCCUGGAUGUGAAAUCGUGUCCCAGAGCAUUCUGUUUUUAAACACGUUCCUGACAGCUUUACUGCUGCGUCGUGAUUAUUUUAUUUGUUAUUUUUAAGCGUAUUGAUUUAUUUAGCUGACAUCCAUUACACAUAUGGCUUCCAAGGGCGAUGUGUGUGUGUGUGUUUUUCUUCUCUGAAACUUUCUGUUAAGCGUCUUAUUUAAAACACAACCCAUCACUGGCAGCUACAAGCUUCGGGCUCAGCUUUACAAGCGCUUCGUGCUUUAUACAUAUCUGUGUACAACUGAGAGUUCUGGCAGCUUUAACUUUAAGCAGAGGACAUAUUGUUAUGACUUUAAUUUCCAGCUGGUUGCAAUCUUUCUUCUCUGUUCACUCUUCAGACCGAGUAGCAGCCAAGCCUAUUGCUAGCAAGCACAGGAAACAUCUGGGAAAAAAACUCUAGCAAAGGGUCACGGUUACUAUAGGGCAUUCAUUUAAAGCAUGUGCUCAAAGUCUGCAGGGUCCACAGGCUGGGCAGUAAUAAAAGCGUGAAAAGUCUGGAUGAGUCUUCGGUGCUGCAAAGCCUUUACCUCUCUACUGUAUUCGGAAGCGGCAGGCGUUUCCUAUGUUUGCAGAGAUAGGCGGAGACGUGCACGGUGAUACAAGUCAAUAAUUAACCGCAUCGGUGACUAAAGGGAUUUAAUAAGGGCAGCAAAGAAACAGAAGUUGAUUUGGGGAAUCCGAGGACUGGAUCAGAGGCUGCCAGGAUCAUUUUUGAAAGAAUAAAGCAGUGAAUCCAGUGCUGGAAUCGCAGAGGGCUUAUCUCUCCAGCAUGGAGGCUACGAGCGACUCUGUUUUGGACUGGGAUCAUAUGACUGAUUUGGAGGACGCCCAGGUGCUGUGGUACCUGCAGAGACUACAGGGUGCUACUCUGGAGGAGGAGGAGGAGGAGGAGGCAGUGUGGGAAGACCUGGAUUCAGAAGACAUUCCAGCAGUUUUGAGUCCAACGUAUAAACAGCGCAAUGAAGACUUCAGGAAGUUAUUUAAACAGCUGCCGGACACAGAGCGACUCAUAGUGGAUUACUCCUGCGCCCUGCAAAAAGACAUUCUCCUUCAGGGCCGGCUCUACCUCUCCGAAAACUGGAUCUGUUUCUAUAGCAACAUCUUCAGAUGGGAAACUCUGCUGACUGUACGCCUGAAGGAUAUCUGCUACAUGACAAAAGAGAAAACCGCUCGCCUCAUUCCCAAUGCUAUUCAAGUUUGCACUGACACUGAAAAGCACUUUUUUACCUCAUUUGGAGCCCGGGACCGAACUUACAUGAUGAUGUUCAGACUGUGGCAGAACGCACUUCUUGAUAAGCCGCUGUGCCCCAAGGAGCUAUGGCACUUCGUACACCAGUGCUACGGGAACGAGCUGGGCCUGACGAGCGACGAUGAAGACUACGUGCCCCCCGACGAUGACUUCAACACCAUGGGAUGCUGUCCCCCUCCCUGGUGCAGGUACUGUGAGGAGAUCCCGGCCGAGGACAACGAGGUGAAUGACAACUCCUCCAAGAGCAGCAUCGAGGCCAAGCCAGACGCCAGCCCGCAGCUGCACAAGAAAUCUGUGACCAACAGCACGCUGACAUCGACGGGCAGCAGUGAGGCGCUGGCGUCUUUUGAAGGGGCUCUCAUGGUGGAAGAGGACACAGACUGCCAGAUCGACGGAGAUCUCCUCGCUCCCCAGAUCAACAACGACAAGAUCAACGACAAUGACAACAGCAUCCUGGUCAACUCCCCCUCGCUGGACUUCAAUGACAACGAGGACCUCCCGACUGAGCUGAGUGACUCCUCGGAGACACACGACGAGGGCGAGGUGCAGGCGUUCUACGAUGACCUGAAUGGACGGGUGUUCAUCAACGAGGUGUUCAAGUUCAGUGUGGACAAGAUGCACAGCCUGCUCUUCACAGAGUCGCAGUUCAUGAGGGACUUCCUGGAGCAGAGGAGGUUCUCAGACAUGGUGUACCACCCGUGGAAGAAAGAGGACAAUGGCAAUCAAACCAGAGAGAUCAUGUACACAAUCACCCUGACCAACCCCCUGGCCCCCAAAACUGCCACCGUCAACGAAACGCAGACACUCUACAAAGCUAGCCAGGAGAGCGAGUGUUACGUCAUCGACGCGGAGGUGAUAACGCAUGAAGUUCCGUAUCAUGACUACUUCUACACACUGAACCGAUACACUCUUACGCGAGUAGCCAAAAACAAGUGCCGGCUGAGGGUGUCUACAGAGCUUCGAUACAGGAAACAGCCCUGGGGGCUGGUCAAGAGUUUUAUAGAGAAGAACUUCUGGAGUGGCCUGGAUGACUACUUCAGACAUCUAGAGAUGGAGCUGACGAAGGCAGAGUCUUUGUUCACCGAACACCACCGGCAGUCCCCCAAAGAGAAGACGACGAAAACGGUGAGCGUGCGGCGGAGGAAACGACCGCUCGCUCACAUCCGUGCCCAGCACCUAGAGGAGGCUAUCAGCCCAGUCACCACCCCCACUGACGAAGAGGUCAUCCACCGCAUCAAACACGUGGCAGGUUCCACACAAACUAAAUACAUCCCAGAAGAAGGUCCUAGCUUUGCAUUGUACAGCGUUUCCAAGUUACUGCUGAUAGUCAGCUUUGUCUUGGUGUUACUGGUGUUUUUGAAUAUGAUGCUGUUCUACAAGCUGUGGGUGCUGGAGUACACCACACAGAGCCUCACCACGUGGCAGGGGCUACGGCUUCACGAGAGCAAGCUGCCGCAGUCUCAGAUGGAGUGGGCCCAGCUAUUGGAAUCACAGCAGCGAUACCACGACGCAGAGCUUCUGAAGUGGAAGGAAAUAAUCAGAUCGUCAGUGCUGCUUUUAGAUCAGAUGAAGGACUCUCUUUUAAACCUCCAGAAGGGUAUUGGGUUGAGGGAUUACAGUUCAGAGGCAGAGGAGAAGAGAAACCGCUAUCAUUGACAAGACAAUUCAAUGGCCAAAAGGGAACGGUGUGCAAUAUAUAAAUAUCCAUACAGACAAAUUAAAAAAAAAAAAAAGAUUAGUAUACGUACUGGAACCACAGGAUAGUGGACUCGGACUGGCUGCUGCUGCUCCCCAGAAGGGGACUUGAAAAACAGCCGGACUCGCCCACAAAACAGGAAGUGGAGCUCUCUUACACUGAGGCAGCAUGGGAAAGACUGCAGCCACACAAACCUGGGCCUACACUCCUUUUAUUAUAUAUUUUUAUUUCAUUAUUUUUUUGGGGGGAAGGGAAGGGAAGGGGUGGCUUUUUCUAGAACGUUGUACUGUAAGCUUGUACUGUGCAAAAACACAACACAACCCCAAAAAAGGCAUGUAACUUACUCUCUAGACUGUCCUUGUUCAAUGAAGGCGUGUAGUUCAAGUCCUGUGUAAUCUGUCUAAAAUCAGAUUUAAAAGAAGAGGCUUUUAUUAAUAAUAUUAUUGAAGACCUUGUUCAGGCAUCUCCAGACCGUACCCAAGAACCAGGACUUCAGCGCCCCUUUUCUAAACUGAUGUCAGGUGGAGGGGACCAGGUGCAGUCAGGUGCACUGAUCAUUAUUUUUUGUAACGUAUUUUCUGAAGUUGUUUUUUUUUUUCUAUAGAAAUAAUACCUUUGUUUGCUAUCAGUGCACCCACGCUGUGUAAGCUAAGCUUCCAUGGAAAGACAGGAGCAGGUUCCCCUGGUAGAUCCAUGCCAUGGUGCUGUACACACCCGUGUGUAAGUCAAGGUUCAUCUUUAACUACCAUUGACUAUUCCAGCUUAUGGAGGGUGAACUGAUUUUAAUUUACUUUUCAGAAAGUCCCUACUAAAAUGGAGUAACCCAUGUUAAUAGAGGCUUGAUAAUAAAGCAAUUUUACUGCUAGAAAAUUAUUCUUCUGUAAACAACUCAGUCUAGCGAGACCCCGCCCCCACCCCCUUCAUUUUACCAGCGAUCUGAAUAGAUUCAAAAAUCUUGUCCCAGCGUAUGGGAUUGUGCAGGUAGUCUUAUGAGAGCUUGGUUUAUUCCUGGGCGUGUGCAGUGGUUAUACCACAGGGUUUGGAACCCAGUCAUGACUGUUGCCCAGAAUCAAGGCACUGUGAAUGGAUACUGAAAGCCCUUUGGUAUAAUAAAGCAUCGUGAUUAGUUUUUGAAAAGGUUUCGGAGAUCCUUCUCUUUAUAGGUGUGGGUGGGUCCUGUCUCAUAGAACUCUCUCUCAAAUACAUCGCCGAUAAGUAAAAUUGUCUGGGGCUGCAAGAAACCAACAAAGGUUGAAAGAGGAGUGGGGUUUACCAGCUACUUUUAAACAAAUGUGUUUCCUAGAAAGAGAGUAUGGGGAAGAGAACUUGUCAUUUAAAAAGGGGCGCUGCAGCUUCUACUGUUUUUGAGUGACCUUAAUGUUCUAAAUGUAUGAAUUAUAAACUGUGAAUAUAAUAUAUUGAAAAUGCUUGAAGAUGGAAAAAAAAGAAUAGAAUUAUAAUGCAGAUUAUUUAUUAUGACUGUAUAUAGAGAAAACUUAGAGCUGUUACAGGCGGGUCAGAGACAAAACAAGUGUGUGUCUGUUGUGUUUGUUACUCUGUACCAUCAAUCAAGGCAUGUCUGUGACAUGUAGGAUGCUUGUUGCGUGUGAAAUGUUAACCAUUCCAUGUCUGUGUAUGUGUCCAUGCAGUAGCUGAAGUGUUAAUAGUAACAUAGCCAAACUGCCUUUUGCAAACCCAACCGGAUGUAUCCAUCUGCUGGCCAAUGCGUGGUAUUACACCUGUGCUUAGUCUGAAUGACAGCGGCAGACGUUUCAAAUGCAGAACAGACUGACGCAAGAAUAGGAUCCCUGAGAUUAGUAGCUACAUUCCUGACAAUAUUUCAGAUUAAACUCAUAAAAACAAUGCUAGCUCCACGGCAGGAUUACUUCUUAAACUGCCUGGACAGUCUGCUUGCUUGUAAAUGGAGGACAGAUCCCAUAUUGUUAUAGUGAAGGUCCAUAGGAUCCAUGGAUAUUGCAGCCGGAGUAUUUUAGCAAAAGCAGGUUAAAGCAAAGGCUUGUGGGAAGUUGACAAGGCCCACCUUUAACUGAAAACUUCCACCAUAAAUAAAAUUGGACACUUUAAAAUACCUAUGCAAUGCACAAUAAAAGCAAAUUUGAUUAUUUUAAAAAAAAUAAAUAAAAAGAUUUAACAUUAAGAACGGAACUGCCAGUGGUUCUUGGAGUAGUAGUCAAUUUUAUGAAUAGCCCUAAAUAAUAAUAGCUGUGUAUAGAAAGACAAUCUGCUUUGGGCUGUAUAACAGAAGGCUGUUCCUUACACAUCCAGCUAGUGAUCGUUCCCAGAGAAUACGUGUCGCUGUUGGGAAACAAGUUGAAUACGAGGGAUAUUCAAGGAGUUGUUCCAAUGAGCCACAAGGGGGCGCUCCCACCUCAAGUAUACAGCUUCUACCUGUACUGCCAAUGGAGUAAUUAAAACAGAGACACUGUCAUUUACAAUAGACGCAGGGCACAAGGAGAUUCACAUGUUCUGGUGUGGGACUUCAUUUGCAUAGAAGUCUAUUCUGCUUUGUCUGAUAACUAGAGUAUCCAUUGCUCUCGGCCACUUGCUUGCAUAGAUAGAUAGAUAGAUAGAUAAAUAAGAUAAAACACCUGGCCAGGGCCUUGCUAUGUUAAGGUGGCCAAUAGAGAAACUGAAUUGAAGGCACCAGCUCUGUAUACUGCUGGGUCUGUUCUUGCCAGACAGUGCCACUGGAUUGUAGUCAAAACUGGAUAUGCUUGAAGUGGAUUACUAUAACAGUGGGGGUGUGCUGAUUCUCAUACUCAUAAUUGCCUUUAAGAAGUAUUUAUCAGCAGUUAUUAAACAAAAAUCAUUCAUUAAAAAUGUGUUGAUUUCAAAACACAAGAAGCUAUCCUUCCCUCACCUUCACAACGGAGUACAAAUCAAUGGCAGUUCCGCAUGACAUGUUUUAGAAGCGGAUUUUCCUCUCGCCUGUACCGAGGCAGUACAGCCGUUUAGGAUUACAAGCUCAGGUUUCAGCACACCUCUACUAAACAGUCCGUGCAUAUACGUUGUACUCCAGUGGUAGUACAGGCUGGGAACUUUUCAUUUCAUUCAUUGUCUCGUCCCAAUCAGCAGAGUGUGUUGAUUUCCUCCUGUUUUCAGUGCUACACUGUGUACAGCAGAGCGUCACACUGACCGACCAAAAAAAAAAAUCUUCUGCCAAAAUUCAGUGCGCUUAAAUAACUGAAAGCAAAAGGUUUUGCCCUUUUAAAGUUUUUGAAGAAAAUAAAAAAAGGAUUGAUAAAUUACAAUGCUAAAAAAAGGGUCAAAACAUGUAAUACCGUAACAAAAGGUCCUGUAAAGAAGAUGAGAUUAUAUAUACACUGUGUUAAACCAAAAAUACAUACUGCUGCUAUUGAUGUAGACAGCGGGAGACAAACACUGUACAGCUCUGUAUUCAUCCAUCCUAGGAUAACGUGCCCCCUCAUUACCCUUCCCAAAGACAGCAGAUACAACAGUAUGAGUCCAGCAAAGGGCAGGCAAAUCAGAUUCAAGACAGAUAGAUUUAAAACAGACCUCAUGGUACUGUGUUUAAAAGUCAUUUGUUUAAACGCAGUCCUAUUUCAAUACAGAUCCUGCAGGUUCCUGUGAAAAGGCUUGACCUUGGUACAGAAGGAAACGCCGGUGAAUGUACCCCGAGUACAGCAAAGCGUUUUAGUGCACUUUAUAGAUCUACAAAAGGAAAUGCUGUUGAAACAAGACGUCAACUACAGACGAAGUUAUUAAUGCAUAUACUUAUUGUAAAUAUAUUAAAAAGGCAGACGUGAUUGAGACGCAGUAUUGUCAUAUUGCUGCCGUGAAGGCGGAGCACAGCACUACCCAGCUCAAGAGCUGCGUCCCGUGCGGUGUUACUGCAUUUGUAAUCGAUGGCUCAUGUCAUUUACAGCGCUGUAGGAAUGGGUUGCGAUGUUCUAUGAUAGGGGCUUCAGCCCUUGAUGGAUUCAAAACUUCAUUCAGAACAGGCAGAAGUGCAGCGUUUGAAGUUUUUCACACGUUAUGAGAUUGGAAAUGUUUUUUUAAACAGGCUAAGCGUGGGUUACAGUGGUUAAUCAUAUUAUAUACAGAUAUUAAAUCUGUGCUCGAUACAUGGAAGUCUGGCCACCAGUGGCAUUAUGCGCUGUUAGCAUAGAAAACAUUCCCUAUUCUAAAUAGUGUGAUUUUUGGUGCAAGCACAGGCAUGAGGCGUGCUGUAGUGCUGCAAUAUCAAUAGCGGAGAUAUGGUUUCUUUUUAAAGAUUGUAGUAUUUGGUUUACAUUUCAGGACAUAACCCUUAGAGAAACUAUACAAAUACAUACAUUAAAAAAGACUUCCAUACCACACAGAGUUACAGACAUAUACAAAAAAUACCCCGGAGCUUCGUUUUAUCCUGAUCUGAAAAAAAUUGAAGUAACGUCCUAAUAUGAUUCAAGUUCCAUUUGCAAACACAAUGUCAGUAUAACUAUAUGGGUGCUGCCUCAGCUGUAGUAAAGCAUUCUAAUUACACAGUUUUUAUUGAGUUAAGCAUUAUGAUGGGUCCAAUAUUCUUUUGAAUUUUUUCCUUUUGAGAAAAAAACUUUAAUUUUAAAAUGUAUGGUUAAUUUUUAAAUGUACAAAAUGCAUUUUGUAAUUGAAUCUAUAUACAAAUAUAUAUAUGAUUGUUAAGAUCUCUUGAAUCUAUUGUAGAGCUUGUAAAUAUAUACCUAUAUCUCUAUAAUGUGUUUCAGGGAAACAUACAGUAUGUAUUCACAAUAUAUUUCAAGACUUUUACCAACAGUAUUUUUGCUGUUUUAACAUCAGCAAUCUUUGGACCACCUUUUUAGACCCGACAGAUAUGUGGCUCCCCCUUUGUCAGUGAUGGUACAAUCCAAGAUAUUCAGGUUCAACAGAAAGUUAAAUUGGACCUGGCCAGCUUAUUUUGCAAACAGGGGUGGUCUAGACUCUAAUAAGAAUUUGUGCUUCAUGUCUUUGAGCAGGUCAUGUGUGAGAGAUGUCCUGUGUUUGUUGUUAGACGCUGAGGGUAAUCGGUCUGAGAAUGAACUAAUAAAAUGCCUGUUCAUUUCAGAGUAAAUGCAGGUCCUGUAUACAGUACUCAUGACUUGCCCCUGGAUACCCAGUGAAGCACGCUGUCUAAAGCUUACCAGAAAUCAACCCAGUCCCGAGGUUACUCUCAAUGGAUUUGCAGUACGACGUCGAUCCGAGAGUAUGAAAUAUCUGCACCAGUUGUGAUAUUACAAUUGGCCGAAAGUGAAAUAUUACUGGGUUGUUUUCUUCAGGCAACUGUCAAAGCAAUAUUUUCAAACAGUCUUGAAUUGAGCUCCAGUGUGAAAACUGCUUGAAAAUGUUCCCCAAAACACGUGUUGGAGAAUUGUAUUCAUAUCUCUAAUGGGGUUGGGGUUAAUUCCAUUGUUUCAAUUCCAAUUCCCUUUUAAUCAAUUCCGAUUCCAAUUCCCAGUCUGAAGGGAAUGGAUUUAAAUUGGAAUUAACCCGAACCCUGAUCCCUAAUAAUCAAUUUGAUCUUAACACCCAAUUCCAGUAACAAUAAGUAUGCUCUUGGCAGAAUACCCUCAUUGCUCUAAUAAUAUAUUUGAAGUACAUGAUGGGGGCGUAUUAUUAUUAUGAUGCAAAUGUAAGUUCUGGGCAUACUCCCCAUGCAGUUUAAAAGACAUUUAUCCCUAGACUGUAACUGUACAGGGAAUUGUGUGCACAAUGAGAGGACCCUUCAGAACACGUCGGACGCUUGAUUUCAGAAGUGAAUCAAUCCGGAACGCUCACUGCCUUUUGAGAAUUUGUGAAGGCGGCGAAAUAGCCGUUGCAUAUUCAUAUUGUAAUUCGGAAAUGGGAAAAAUAAAAAAUAAAUUAAAAAAAGCAACAGCAGCACAGGUUUGCAAUGUAAAAGCAAGAUUGCUCUAAGUGAUACACCAAAAAAUAAAAAAUAAAAAUCACUUUUUACAACAAACGGGGGGGGUCCUUUCAUAUGCAGUUAUGAAAUGAAGUCUUUGGGUUUUCAGUACUGUGCUUGUGUUUCAUUUUGCUCACCAUUGAGGUGGGAUCGUUGGUAUCUUGGAGCAUGCUUUUGGCUUGGACUCUCUGCUGUGUGUGGUGUGAACAAUGCAAGAGUAGCGGUGAUGGGAGAGGCAGUGCUGGUGUGAGAGGGGCUGGGUCUUCGCUUUGUGGACAUCACGAUGGUUGGAAAUGUUUCUGUUUUAUAAAAAUGAUUUAAAAAAGGGCAGGCUGUUGGUAUCAAAGUUCUAACAAAAGUGAUUCAAUGAAUAAGAUAUUCAGGGGAUACCUGUUUUUUUGUAUUACUUCAUUAUGAUGAUGAUGACGAUUAUUAAUUCCAUGGAUUUUCUUGAAAAUAGCCUCUUUUUUGUGUAACUUAGCGACUCUCUUUUUGUCCGUUUUUGACAAAGCUGCUUGAUUUUUAAAACAGAAAUGUUCCUCCUUGUAAAGGUUCUGUUUGAAUCCUAGUCUAUCCCACCAGAUGGAUGCUGCAGUGCAAUGUUAGUCGGUUGCUUGCCAUUUACUUACCGGCCAGAGCAGCGGCAAGUGAAUUAGCUUGCCAUCGUACGAUAUGUCUGUACUAGACCUGAACUGUGGGUUUCUUUACUAUGAAAUGAGAUCUAUCUAGAAUUUGCGGAGGACUCCGGUGACUGGAGAGGGGUUUGGAAUCAGGAGUAGUUUUUUUUUUUUUUUUUCUUGGCUCUUCUGAACUUACACGGGAGGGGAGUUUUUAUUUUUUAUUUAGUAAUUUUAUUUAUUUUUUUUGUUGUCAGGGAGGGGUUUAAUAGCUUUAAUGUAAAUGUAUCUAUCCCCGAUAACCCAGGUAUCCCAGACACUGCCUUUUGCCCACAUUGCAACAGAACUUACAGCCACCUAUUCAUAUUCUGCCAGUUACGUGACUUCUUUUGAAUGACACAAGCAAACAUGAUGACAAUAAAUUAAAAAUAAUAUAUAAAGAAAAAAAA